UAACAAAAAGCCAACUCAGCUUCUAAUUUAGACAUCGAAUAUAUUGUCACAGAUAAAUAUACAAAUUUAAUAAAGAUGAGCCGUGCCCAGCAUAACGAUGACGAUGUCAAUUCGUCGCUAUUCGAUGCACGCAAUGAGUAUUACAUUGGCAAUUUCAUGGGCUCAAUUAAUUUCGUGCUGCCGGAGCAGGGAUCAGCAGGUGCCGAGCUGGCUUCCUACAUGUAUUUAUCAUAUUUGGCCAUCGAUUCGGGCCGGAUCAUUGCCUCCGACAUAAAGGAGAACAAUACGACACCGUUGCUGGCGUUGCGUCUGGUGCACGAGGCAUUCGAGCAGCCAGCGAGGUGCGAGGAGCUGCUGGAGAAGCUCACCGACAAAGUGGCUAGCGACGAGGACGAGACAAACAUUUGGCACAUUGCCACCGCCAUUGUCUACUGUUACGAUGGCCAGUUUGAGAAUGCCCUGAAGAUACUGCAUGGUUCGAAUAAUUUGGAAUCGAUGGCGUUGUCCGUGCAGUGCUUGUUGCGUUUGCAACGCGUCGAUCUGGCCAAGCAGCUGGUGGCCAAGAUGCAGGAGAUUAGUGAUGAUGCCACGCUCACUCAGUUGGCGCAGGCAUGGGUCGCCUUGGCCCAGGGCACCGAACAGAUGCAAGACGCCUUUCACAUCUAUCAGGAGUUCUGCGAGAAGUUCAAGCCAACGCCGGCUUUGCUCAAUGGUCAGGCCGUCGUCCAUUUGGGCUUGGAGCGUUACGAGGAGGCCGAAGCUGUACUGCGCGAAUCGUUGACCAAGAAGCACAAUGAUUACGACACCCUAAUCAAUAUGAUGGUCCUCUCGCACCUCACGGGCAAAUCAACGGAGACGAUUACACGCUACUGGGAACAACUCCGGCAAUUCUAUCCGAAAAGUGACUUUAUCACCGAUCUGGACAAGAAAUCCGCAGAAUUCGAUAGGCUCUGCCUGGAAUACGAGCCGAGCAGCGAGCAACUGUUGGCAGUAUAAAUUUAAAUACAUUCAAUUCCAAAACAUUAAUUUCCAUGAAUAAAACUUUAUGUGAAUAUGCAUUAAAUUACAAAUACAAAUUUAUUAGCAUUACA